AUGUCUUUCCUUCAUAAUCAUUCUUGCGAGUGCGUUAAGUCAGAAUUGGAUUUGUUUGCACUACCGUCUACACAAACUAGCAUUGAAAAUGGAUUGUGGAUUCAUUAUAAACCAAUUUCAUCUCUUGGUGAUGAUGGACCUAUCGAGUUUCAAGUUCCUGGGACCGGCGAUGACUACAUAGAUUUGUCUCAUACAUUACUCCACAUAAAGGCAAAAGUAUUAAAUCAAGAUUCAACUAACUUGGUAUCUACUACAAUAGUAGCACCUGAAAAUAAUUGGCUGCAUUCACUUUUUAGUCAACUUGAUGUUUAUUUAAACCAAAAACUUGUAUCACCACCUAAUAAUACCUAUGCAUAUCGAGCAUACAUGGAAACCCUUUUAAACUAUGCCCCUGCUGCUAAACAAUCUCAUCUUACUUGUAGCCUUUGGUAUGAGGAUACAGCAGGAAAAAUGGAUUCUACAGAUGGUAAAAACAUAGGAUUUGUUAAAAGACAGGAAUUGAUUAGUGAAAGUAAGGAAAUAGAAAUGAUUGGUCAUCUUCACGGUGACAUUUUUAACCAAGAUAAAUUUUUAAUUAAUGGUGUUGAAAUGAGUGUUAAAUUGGUUCGAUCAAGAGAGAGUUUUAAUUUAAUUGUUGGGUCGAACGAUGUAAAGUUUAAAGUUUGCAUUACGGACGCAACUCUUAUUGUGCGACGAGCACGAAUUAAUCCAAGUGUAUUACUCGCACAUCAAAAAGUUUUAGCUUCUACCACUGCUAAAUAUCCUAUUACUCGAGCUGAAGUAAAAGUUUUAACAAUUCCUUCAGGUGUUCAAGGAAAAACUCUUGAUAAUAUAUUUUUAGGACAGGUACCGAAAAGAUGUAUAAUUGGAUUUGUGAACAAUUCUGCAUUUAAUGGUUCCCUUACUAAAAAUCCAUUUAACUUUGAAAACUAUGGUAUUAAUUCUUUCAGCUUAUAUAUUGAUGGUCAACAAAUACCUUCAAAAGCUUUGCAACCAUAUUUUAAUAAUAGCAUAUUUACAUCAGCAUAUCAUACUCUAUUCUCGGGAACUGGUAUUCACUUUCUUAAUGAAGGAAAUGGAAUCUCUUGUGAACAGUAUGGCAAAGGUUACUGUCUAUUAGCAUUUGACUUAACUCCUGAUUUAUCAGCUAACUCAUCAACUCAUUGGAAUCUCAUAAAGCAUGGUAGUGUAAGAAUAGAAGUACGAUUUGAAUCCUCAUUAAUACAAACAAUUAACUGUAUAGUUUAUGCUGAGUUUGAUAAUAUUAUUGAGAUAGAUAAAAACAGAAAUGUUACUGUAGACUAUAGUAGUUAA